GCACACUGUUAACACAAACAUGGAAGUAAAACCUGCAACCUUAAUAUUUUCAAAACCUGCUGCUAUCACAAACACCAAUGAGGACGUUUCCGACAGGAGGUUUUUAGAAGUUGGGUUUCCUGCUCGUAAGAACGACGUUGACACAAGUAGAGACGACUGUAGGACAGAGCGGAGCGUCGUGUCCUCCAGAGACAAUCACAGAGGUCUGCUGGUUACGAAACAGCCAUCUGAGAAGGACCUGGACCCGUUGUCCACCUUCAUGAUCCUGAGAUCUCAGCAGUUGGCUCAGGUUACUGCAACACCCCAGAGCUCAACUCCAGCACCAAACGGGCACCAGCAAACACCACCAUCCGCGCAUCAUCAGCUCCCUCCAGAGCAGAUGCAAAGAUCAGAUCAGAGGCCCAUGCACAUAAGUGGUGCUGUCUCAGGAAUUGCCACCAGAGAGCAGAAAGCAGUCUUUCAGUCGAUGGGUCAACUCAUCAGUCAUCCUGUUCGUCAGUCCAUCCCUCAGGACAGACAGGACAGCAGAGUAGUCCAAGUCCAAGCUACCGAGAGCCAGCAGCAUGCCCACUGUGAGCUGCGGGCCUUUGCUCAGCCUUGUUUAAACUCUGCUCGACAGCUGGGGCUCAACUUCCCAAUAUUGGGAGACUUCAGCUGCCUGUCCCCGGACCAAACACACUUCCUUCUCAAACAGCAGGAGAAGGCGCUCUGCAGGACACAGAGCGCAGAGCUGGUCAGAGAUCAGAAAGUGCUUUUCGACCAGGCAGCUCUGAUUCAUGUGCUGGUGACAUUCAAGGAGCUGCUGCUGAAGUGCGACCUCAGUACUGCGUUGGAUUACCUGAUCAAGGCAGCUGAGGUGUGUGCUGAGCGGAGUCUGGAGCAGCUGGUGAAGAGGCUGCAGAUCCUCCUCUACCUCAAUCACAAGAACGAGGAGUGCAACCUCAAACUCCUGGAGCUGCAGCAGCUGCUGAUUGCAUGGCUGCACGGCAGGACAGGACAGAACACUGUGGAGAAAAUUCUUGUCAUAAUAUCAGUCGACUCUGACGACAUCAGAUCUUCAAUCGUCAGCAGUUUGAGCCACGCCGCUGGUGCUGCUGUAACUGCACUUUGUCCUGAGGAGGACAAGAAAAAACUUAACGGUGCCAGUGUGGUCAGCAGCACAUGCGACAGUGUGUGUGUGGUGGUGUAUGAGCAGCACGUAGGGCCUGACUUCCCCUGGAGCUGUUUCUCUCUGGUGGUGGAGUAUGACAAUCCAGGCCAGUCGCCAUGGGUGAACGUGUGCAAAGAGAGGAGCAUCAGUCACCUCGCCUUCAACACAAUCCUCUCCGACACUGAAAAGGAAAAAGCCUCGUGGUGCCUGGAGGACAAUGUGCCAUAUGUUUUGUCAGUGACAGAGGGGCUUCUUAACUGUCCACUGCUGCUACAGACACUCGAGUCAGGGUUUAAUAUAACUGUGCUUGAGAGGAGCCACUGUCCGUCCCUGCAGAUGCUCGGAGGAACCCAUCACUACGCUGUAAUCACGGUGGACGAAAGCACAGCUAUUGUCAUUCAGGAGCAGGAUGAACUUUGUCAGGAGAGAGCCAGUGAGGGAGUAGUGAUGAGGCUCACUGCUCUCUCUUUGCAGUACAACUGCUGUUGGCUUAUCCUGCACUGUAGCGACAGCCAUGGAGGAGGAUUUUCCAGCGAGGCGUUUAGCAACUUGGUGUUGGUUUAUUCGUCUCUGGUGCUCUUCAGUAUGAAGUUUGAGGAUCUAGACGUCAAGGUGCUGAUUGUGUCUGACGUGACUGAAAUAGCCAAAUGGAUCAGCCAGAUCUGCUUCCACAGCCUGAUGGCCAGUAAGAAGGACCCUGUGGACUACCUGGACAGAGACUGGCUGACUGUGAUUCCCUCAGAGGAGGAAAAGUGUCUGAUGCAGUUCCCAUGUAUUAACCCUCUGGUUAGUCAGCUAAUGCUGAACAGAGCUCCAUCCAUCCAGUGGCUCCUGGGGGCCUCACUGUCUCAGCUAAUGGAGCUGCUCCCUGAGGUGCCACAUAAAGUUCUCAAGCUGUUCAAUGACACCACCUCCCUGUACACACUGACCCCAGCGCAGCCAGAAGCUCAGACAUUCAUCACUGAGACAGACCAACAGAGCAGUCCACCAAACAGCUCCUGCACCACCACUGCUCACCCCGAACACAUGAACCCUGAUCCACAGCCAGAACCCCCCAUCAACCCCCACCCAGAACUAUUCUGUAGUGACCACAACACCAGCUUCCUGUUCGGAGCUGAUCGCAGCUUCUGUCAACCAGACCCAGGCUCAGUGGUGCAGGAGAGCAACACAGAUUUCAGACUCGACCUGAGUUCUUCCUUUGGCAGCCCAGAUGUUCACCUCCAGAGGAGUUGGAACAGCAGGGAUCCAUGGCAAGAGGAGGACAGAGGCAGAGAGGAGGUGGCGUUUUCUGGCUGGAGACGCAGAGCUGGGGCAGUGGGGAGAGUUGUUGUAAGAGUGAACGAUGAGUGGGCACAGAAAGCUCCUACAAACCUCUACGCAGACACUCCUGGAGUCCACCUGGACAGUCCUUUCAAGCUGGACUCUGCGUUCAGUUACAGCCCCGUCCUGCAGCAGCCGGUCAACAGUCAGAUGUCCUCGUACUCUACAGUCUACACUGACCUCCAGCAUCCAGAAAACCCCCACAUUUCCUAUGGUCCGAGCCCUCCUCCAAAGGCCACGCCGUGGAGUCAAAAUCAAAGCAGCUUAAAAUGUCUUAAUAAUAGAGAGGCAACGACUUUUUCAACUAACUAUGGCUCCAAAUGCUGGAUAGGACAAGAGAGGAAAAGAAGGGGUGAGGCUGCAGGUUUUGUUGGGACAGUGGUGACACCAGUGAAAAGGGGGAGGUUAAGCUAUGAGAAGGUGCCCGGCCGAAGUGACGGACAGACGAGACUUAAAUUGUUUUAGUCAUGAAUGCUUUUUUUUCUUGAAAAGACAAGAAUUUGUUAAAUUAAAGUUAUUAAUUGCAUAGUUGGAGUUAUCAUUCAGGUAAAAUUACGUUUUACUUUGCCUGGUUUGAUUUUUUGGAUAAAACAGUUUUGGCAUAUAUUCUAUUUUUAAUAAGUAAUAGUGCCCUUGUCCGUUCCUGUUUUAUUUUUUUAAAGAAU